AUGGAGCAAUACUUACGGGGCUACGUCAACUACCAACAGGAUAACUGGGCAGAGUUUCUCCCCCUGGCAGAAUUCGCGCAUAACAAUGCCUCUACGGAACCGUUGGGAGUCAGCCCGUUCUUUGCCAACUAUGGGUAUAACCCCCAACUAGACGUCCUCCCUGCUGAAGAAACGCGCAAAGUCACGCCGAAGGAGGUAUUGGAAUUUGCGAACGCAAUCUCCACCUUACAGGCUGCACUGCGAUCAGAGAUCCUGUAUGCACAAGCCGCCGCCGCCGAGAGUGCAAACGCCGCCCGACUUCCAGAGCCCCGACUCGAAGUAGGAGAUAUGGUAUGGCUAUCGAGAAAACACAUACGCACCACUAGGCCAUUGGACAAACUAGAUCACAAACGGCUAGGGAAGUUCAAAAUACUCGAACGCAUUGGAUCACAUGCCUACCGCUUGGAACUCCCCGCCUCGAUGAAGUCCCACCCCGUAUUCCACGUUUCAUUGCUAGAACCUGCUCGGACCCAACCUUUGCCAGGCCACAUACAACCACCACCGCCCCCGGUAAUCGUUGAAGGGGAGGAGGAGUUUGAAGUACAGGAAGUACUGGACUCCCGAAUACGGCAUCGGCAAUUACAAUACCUAGUCAAAUGGACCGGCUACGAACAACCCGCCUGGGAACUGGCUCGGAAUCUCGAUGCGGAAUUAGGGGCACUGCAACGCUUCCGCUCCCUAUAUCCCAACAAGUCCGCGGCAAUCCUUAAGAGAACCUUGCGUAGGAAAGUAUAG